UUACAAUCUCAAAGAUCCCAGAAGCGUAGGAACUACCUUCUUAAGGAGGCUGUGACUUACUUGAAACCUACUUUAGACUGUGCCAAUUACACCAAGUCUCAAGGGAAUAAAGUAGAUAUUGCAGCCUUUCUCCUGGGUAAUGCUGGAGCCUAUGCUGUUGGAGCUGUCUUGUAUAAUGCCCUGGAUAAUGCUGAGGAGUGCAAGAAGUGCCUGUCAGAGUUUGCUCAACUUGCUCCUGUUGUUACCCCUGUGAACUGGUUAAGUUGCGGUGGAGAUGAAUUUUUGGUCGGCCGAGCUGGGUAUCUCGCAGGAGUGCUUUGGCUUCAAUCAGAGCUUCAGUGUAAUGUUUUGGAGGAAGGAGCCAUUCAUGCGAUACUAGAUGCCAUGCUAGAGUCUGGUUGCCAGUAUUCCAAAGCUCACCGGAGUCCUAUGCCUCUCAUGUACCAGUAUUACAAGACGGAAUACCUGGGUGCUGCUCACGGACUAGCUGGGAUAUUGCAGAUCAUGCUUAGCUUUCCUUCUUGGCUUGCAAGUCGCCCACAAGCCAAAGAACUUAUCAAAAGGUCGCUGGAUGUUCUUCUGCAGCUCCAGACACCUUCAGGCAAUUUCCCAUGUGCAAUGGAUGAACUGGAUGGCAGACGGCACCCAGAUGAUGAGCUGGUUCAUUGGUGCCAUGGAGCCCCAGGUGAGUAA